GAGGGUAACUAAUGAAGCUAUGGCUGGAAAAUGUACAUAAUUUUCGUUGUACACGCGUGUAAAAGUUUAACGGAAAAUCACUGUAGCUUCAUUUGGUUACGAAAUGUGCCAACGCAUAAAAGUAAAACUAUUGAUUGUGCUACGUGGGACUAGUUUUAUUUGGCACAUUACUGAGAUAAGCAUUUAAAAUGAACUAAUAUGACAAUUGUGUUAUUGAAUUAAAGAACCACUACGUGGAAAUAAUCGCCAACGUCUAUUACUUAAUAGGUAACUGUGCAAUACUGGCAAUAAUAUGACAGGUGUUCAAUAUAUUAUCGUCUAUUUUAUAUUUCCAAGUUGUAGGGGGGCGGACAGACCGGAUGUCAUCUUCGAGGAAAUGUGGCGCUCGAGCCGACAAACAAUAGUGCUCUGAAGAUCGCAUGACCUCAAGUCAUCUUUGGAACGUCUCUAGAAGGGGACGUAUAGGGAAAAGGGGGCUCAGUAAAGGGGUCUUUAUAUUUUUUUAUUUUUUAACAACCCCACCAGGCCUGAAACCGGUGACAAAGUAUUACCGAAUCUAGGGACCGGCUCCACUCCCAAGUGCUCCAUUUGCAGCAGGUGAAAUACCAAGUGAAGCAAAUGAAUUUGGCGCUUGCCAUCAUUCCAGGAGGAUUAACAAAAGAACCACUGGACCGCUGUUGUCCAAGCUUUGGUGAAAACCAGCAUAAUUUCUCAACAGCCACCUGACAACAACCUGACUGACUCCGACAAUGGACUGUAGUAUUGUCGGAAGGACCGUGCAAACGAGGCUUAUAAAAGGAUCCCACCGUGGUUGGUCAUAGUGCAUAGAGAGGAGCCUCUUCAGCUCUCUGGGCUCCUCAACCAUGGCUCUCCUGGCCUACCUCAAGAGCCUGUUCAUCCUUCAAUUGUUGAUGGGCUUUGUGUUUGUGGUGAGCGGCCUCAUCAUAAACUUCAUCCAGCUGUGCACGUGCAUUAUCUGGCCAAUCAACAAGCAGCUCUAUCGCAGAAUCAACUGCCGGCUCUCGUACUCCCUCUGGAGCCAAUUAGUGAUGCUGCUGGAGUGGUGGUCCGGCACAGACUGCACGCUUUACACUGACCAGGCUACGGUGGACAAAUUUGGCAAAGAACAUGUCAUCAUCAUCCUCAACCACAACUACGAGAUUGACUUCCUCUGUGGCUGGACCAUGUGUGAAAGAUACGGUGUCCUUGGGAGUUCAAAAGUGCUAGCCAAACAUGAGCUACUGAAGGUUCCUUUGAUUGGCUGGACCUGGUACUUCUUAGAAAUAGUCUUUUGUAAGAGAAAGUGGGAGGAGGACCGCAAAACUGUCUUCAGAGGACUGGAAAGGCUGAAAGACUAUCCUGAAUAUAUGUGGUUUCUGCUGUAUUGUGAAGGUACCCGCUUCACAGAGAAGAAGCACCAAAUAAGUAUGCAAGUUGCAGAGAGCAAAGGCCUGCCCAAGUUGAAAUAUCACCUCCUACCACGUACCAAGGGGUUCACCACCACCCUGCAGUGUCUGAAGGGCACAGUGACUGCUGUUUAUGAUGUGACUCUCAACUUCAAAGAUAACCAAACACCGACUCUCCUGGGCAUCGUCAAUGGCAAGAAGUACAAAGCUGACAUGAGCGUAAGACGCUUCCCCGUGGAGGAUAUCCCAGAUGAUGAGACUGCGUGUGCCAACUGGCUGCAUAAGCUCUACCAGGAGAAGGAUGCUUUACAGGAAGCAUACAGCAAGGAAGGCAAGUUCCCCGGGCCCACAAUAAUCCCUCCUCGCCGCCCUUGGACGCUGUUCAACUUCCUGUUUUGGGCCACCCUGCUGCUAUCCCCACUCAUCAACUUUGCUUGUGGAGUGGUGGUCAGCGGGUCACCCCUCCUCAUUAUUGGCUUCAUCAUCUUCCUCAUCAUAGCCUCCAUUGCCAUCCGGCGCCUCAUCGGCGUCACUGAGGUGAAGAAAACGGGCUCCAGUUACGGUGACCGGGAGACCAAGAAACAAAACUAAAGCGCAUUACCACCCCCCACCCUCCCCGCCAUGUACGGAUGUUUCUGUUCACCCUGUGGCGUCUUGCCCCCCAACUCCCUUUCUUCUACUACCGUUGAAUCCAGGGUAGGUCGGGGAGGAGACCCCAGCUGUGAAACCACAAUAGAGACCAGACUUAGAAAAACUAGUGGCACUAGAUUAAAGAGCAUGGGAGGGAGGUCUGCCGUUCCAGCUCACGGUUGUGUAGCACAGAACAUAAUGGGGGGGGGGGGCUGCACGGCAUCUCAAGCCAACCGGUGACCCACUUUCCACAGCCAAGUCCCAUUAAAUCCUGGUAACACUGAUCUUAAAGCGCUCACCUCCUAACCUAUCCGUGGUCACAUGCUCACCAUAGCCCACGUCCUAUUUGGCACUACCUCCCUCCACUUCCUGUCAGUCAUCAAUUAGUGCUCCUUCUCUGCAUCAAUAAAACAUUCACUUUCAUCUGGAGAGCCAUGGCUGGAACACCAAUGUAAGACUAUUUCGGAAAACAUUCAUGUCUCAAAUUAAAUACGGCACUUUGUCAUUCACUCUGUGAAUAAGCCAUGACCCCUUAACAUCCUGUCAGGGGGGCCCGCGUCUACAAUAAGGGCUGUGCAUGUACCUGCAACACACCCGCUUCACGUCACCCCAAACAUCAUUUCCAUGAAGUUUUUACAUUCAAAUUUAAUUUGCCUGUCGGAGAGCAGCCAUGACAGGUGAGGUCUAGAAUGGAAGGGGUUCGGGGGGGUUAAGUGGUGGUGUGCUGCCAGAUUCCUGACAAAAGGUCACGGCUGUCUCCAUGUAGCCUCACACAGCUGUGAACAUAAUAUUUGGCUGCCCGUCUACAUAUAGACUGCUGUAGUAUGUUAACCUUUGCCUUAAAUCAAGCGCUUGCUCAGGCAAGGGGCCGCUCCCUCUCCUAUCCCUCUCCUGGCGUUCCUUAUCCAUACAAUACCACCCAUAACAACAACAACCUAACAUAGCUGGGGGGUCUUUGGUAACGGAAAGCUGCUACAAAGCAAUACACGGUCAGGUCCAUACAUCUCCUAUCCUUUUCAGUUCAAUGUUGGCUGCUGUAUGUUUAGUGGUUACAUAUCCCGCUCUCUUGACUUUUCUUUGUGGACGUCCUCUUAUUAGAGAAUUAUCUCCACCCAGACAGAUUCCAUGCAAGCCUUAACUAGACAGUGCUGCUUUAUUAUUAUUACUACUACUACUACUAUUACUAUUGAAAGGCUGACUGAAAAUACUGAGGAGAGUCCACGUCUUUUAAGGCUCUGUCCCUACUACCGUUUAACGAUUCCGUCUAAAUUUAAGUCAUAUGUCGGCAAAAAAUACAAAGUAAAUUCGGCCACAGACUGGAGACAAAAGUGUCGAGUAAUGUCUACCACUGGGGAAAAAACAUUCUAUAUAUAUGAGUAACGAACGGCGUUUAAAGUCAGGCUUAACCGAGAAAAAGGUUUGUAAUUUUUACACGGCAGUCGCCUUUUCAUGACGUCACACACGCGUCUCACUCUCCAGCCACUGUUAGCGCUAGCAUCGCUCGUUUUGAAGUGUACACUAGGACCACUAUCACAUUUCUGACUGGUAAAGCCGAUGAAAGACGAAUACAGUCUAAAAAUAUCAUUAAACGGCGCGUGGGGGGGCAGAGUCUUUAGUGUGAUUCCAGUCCAUUGACAUUUUCCCAUGAAGUUGCACACACUGGGAUCCUUGUGAAACCUUUAGUUGUCCAACCUGUCACCGUUUUUUGUUGUUGCUUUCAAGAGAUCUGUUCCGAUCUACAACACACUGCACCAGUUGGAAAUUCUUCAAUUUAGCUCAAAUAGAAGCGGAACACUGGAUUUUAUUCAGUAAAUAAAUGUGAAUUUGGUUUAUCAAUUGAAUAACAGAGUUAACACUACCGUAAGGCGUUUUAAAUAACUCAGAUUUAGUUUUUGAGGAUGUUUUUUUAAUGGUUUUUUUUUCGUCAAUUACAUCACUUACCAUCUAUUAAAGACUUGAAUCACAAAGCAACUCUUUGGAUUUAUUUGUGUGAUGAAAGAAUGUACAACAGUCGACCACCAGGGGGCAGCCAUGAGCCACCAUCUUUUACACUGCAUCCAUCCAUUCAUUCUAUGUUGUACUGGACCAUACCCUCAUCUUACCGCCCCCUCUGUACGUCAUUUGGACUUGGACCUAGCUCUUAUUUCAUGGUACGUGUGGCACACUAAGCCGUUUACCAUGUGGCAACUGUAAGGACUGAACAUAUUGGCUACCCUAGUUCUAGAAAUCCUGAAGACUCACCAAUAGUGGAACAAUUCUGUAGCUAAAGCCAUCAUUAGAAACAUGUCCCUGUUGAUGCGGUAAAAAUAAACACAUUUUUCCAACUUUGUAACCAACUUCUUACGUCAGUCAUGCAAGGUGUGCAGUAAUGGACUACUGUAUUAUAAUGUAUUAUACUGUACUAUUAUACUAGUAUAUGUCACUGAAUGGCAUUAAUUAUGACUUUUACAGGUAACAGCUCUG